GCGCGUUGCCGGCCGCCAUCUCACAGGCUCGUUUGAGGCCUACAGUCGUGAGGCCUUUAAUGCCCUUUCAGUUUUCGCUUUUAGAUGUCCUUUAUUUUAUAUACAUACACGUAUGUAGUAUCGUCUAAUAAGUUGUGUUUUCUGUAUCGUUUCGCCGACGAAAGAGGAUCAAAAGAAGGUUUAUUUUCUUGCCCCGGAGCGGCUUGUGCCGGACUUUCGCGGUUCGAAUCGGACGGCCGCCCCUGACUAUCGCUGCGGGCGUUUGAAGCGGAAUGCUCUGAAAGCGUCCGCUGCACGGUGGACGUUAAAGCUUCCGCGACGUCUUUAGCAAGAGUGUGGGCCCACUGCCUGCUCGGGCGAGGAGGUGAACCCGGGGAAGGACGUGGCCCGGCUAGCGUCCACCACCAUGCAGCGGUUGUACUCCCCCUUCGACGAGGAUGACCUGCGGGCAAGCCGCAGCCGCAGCCGUAGCGGCUCGCGCAGCCGCGGCGGCCGUCGGCGUCGCGAACGCUCAAAGGACAGCGGUGCACGUGGCAUCAACGGCGCCGUUGCUGUCGACGUGGCGAAGAGAAGCGUCUGGGUGCGGAACACCAGGGACGUUUCUCCCACGAGCUUGCGCAAGGCGUUCGACCGCUUCGGCAAGAUUGAGUGGCUGGAGGUCUUCAAGGAUCGUUUAUUAAUUCAGUUCAAACGUACACGGGAUGCGGACGCCGCUGUCAAGGCUGCAAACAAGCAAACAAUUUGUGGGAGACAUCUCGAUGUUAUUUUUACAUCAAGGAAUGCUGUUGAGUACCAAACAAAGAGUCAAGGCUCACGAUGGGAAGAGAGAGAGCCUGGCCCCUCUGCUGGUGUAAAAAUCCCAGAAACUUUGGAACUCAGACAACCAGACGCACAGCGCUCCAUCAACCGAGGAAGCGGAGGAGGAGGAGGAGGGGAUGAUCGGCGCAUAGAUGUCAGGAGUCAAGGCUCACGAUGGGAAGGGAGAGAGCCUGGCCCCUCCGCUGGUGUCAAAAUCCCAGAAACUUUGGAACUCAGACAACCAGACGCACAGCGCUCCAUCAGCCGAGGAAGCGGAGGAGGAGGAGGGGAUGAUCGGCACAUAGAUGUCAGGAGAGCUGAGAGGAGCGAACUCCCUUCUUACGAUGGCUACUUUAAGAGCCGUGGCGACCCUCUGUUCGAGCGAUACGAAGACUCCCGAGAGCUGAAGGACGCUCUGACGAAGGAGAAGCGGAGGAGGCAGGAGCUCUUCUCGUGCUUCUACGACGAGCUGCAGUUCAAGCUGGAGCGCGAGCGUCCCGUCGAUUGCGUGGUCGUCGUCACCAACAAGAUGCUCAAGGCGUAUGCAGAGAGUCUUGGCUGCCAAGUCCAGGGGCUGGGCCUCUCUGUUGACCUCAUCUUCCUGAAGACGGAAAAGUCACUCGUGGAGGCCAUGGAGGACGUUCGCAAGAGCGGCACGCCGUUCAUCAUCACCGUCUCCCAGCAGCACGAGCUCUACAAGUCAUGCACCGUCAUCAUCCUGCACGGCCGCAAGCAAGAGCACCGCAACAUGAAGGAGUACGCUGCCAUCGAACUCAUCGGUGAGCGGUACGAGCAGUACGUGUUGGCCCGGCGCGAGUCGGAGCACGCGGAGGCCUCGAGGGGGGCGACUGAAGCGGCGGAGAAGUCUCUGGCGCGCGAGAUGGCCCUCCGUCGCGCCUACGAGGACAGCCUGAUCCCGCCGGCCUCCAUCGCGGCCUUGCUCUACCUGCUGGUGGACAGCCGCCACUUGGCGGCCGAGGAGAUCGACCAAGUGGUCCGCUAUCUGCAACGGCGCAAGGAGGCCCUGAUGAACCUCGAUGGAGGUGGCGGCAUUGGUAAUGGCGAGCUUGCUGGUGGUAGCGCUGCUGGCGCCAUUCUUCCUGCAGAAGGCGUUGUGCUGUCUCCCCAAAUUCCUGUGGCUCUUCGACCCACGUCAGUGGCGGCGGUAGCCACGGCUAGCCCCUCCUCUUUGCCUUCAGCGACGAGCCAGCCUGAAUUUCAACAGCGCAUAGACCACCAGCAGCAACAGCAGCAACAGCAGCAACAGCAGCAACAGCAGCAGCAACAGCAGCAACAGCAGCAGCAACAGCAGCAACAGCAGCAACAGCAGCAGCAGUCGGACCUGUCGGAGCUUCAGAAGCUGCAACUGCUGUCUCAACAGCUGUUACUCGUGAAGCAGCAACAGGAGCAACCGAUGCAGCCGAGCCAGCCGUCCCUGCAACAACAGCAGCAACAAGAGCAACAACUACAGCAGCAGCAGCAACAAGAGCAACAGCAGCAGCAGCAACAGAAGCUACAGCAGCAGCUACAGCAGCAACAGCAGCAGCAACAGCAGCAGCAACAAGAGCAGCAACAAGAGCAGCAGCAAAAGCAGCAGAACAUUUCAUUGAUACGGCUUCUGAAGCAAUGUCAGCAGCAACAGCAAGAGGAACGAGAUAAAAAGCUUCUAGCUCAACAACAGCAGCAGCAGGAGCUGCAGGCUAAAAUCCAUAAGCUCUUUAACAUCGGAGGUGCCAAGGUGGUCGUCCCUUCUACUUUAGAAUGGCAAGUGACCCCAGCAGUUUCUCCAAUGAAUUUGACUCAAGUCCCGUUGACCUCGGCUCCAAAACAAACGGUGACUCCGGCUCCGACCCCGACUCCGGCAACGACCCCAGCAACGACCUCUGCAACGACCCAACCUUACAACCGAGUUUCAGUAAUGUCCCUGAAGCAGCAGGGCAAACCCGAAGUUCCAGCCAAACCGCCCGUGAGGAUCAUACCACUGAUGCCGGUUGGGCAGCCGGUGAUGAGGCCGUCCCUGGGACCAUACUCGCGAAUACAGAACCCUCCAGGCGGUUCUGGGGACAACCAGAGCGUCGCCGACGGCAAUUGGCGUGGGCCAGAGGUGCCGUGGAAGGGAGAAGCCAAGUCGUCGUUUGCGGGAAACGGUGGGCGCUGAGAGGAGGGAGGAGACUUCCUGGGCCACUGCAUUUUACCGGGACAUCGCCCUGGAGUGGCAGUGCGUGCGCGGUUACCAGCGAUGCUGACCCGUGGUUUGGCCGUUGGUGUCGUGAGAAGAAAGAUGCUUUGGACGUCUAGGUGCUGGCGUCGGGCAGGGAGAAGGACACAUCGACACAAUCUUGUUGCUCUGGAUUUUUGUUUUCACCCCCUGCACAGGCCCCGGUGUAAAGUAAACAUCCUUCACGAAAGAGGAAACCCAAACGAGGAAGACACUUUGACGAGUAGCCGUGGGAUUCUGUGAUGCUCCUCAAUGAACGUUUGUCGGGGGAAGUUUUUGAUUGGUGAAAAUUGAAGUCACCCUCUGAGCCGCGAAGCAAAACGCCACGUAGCGUCUAACUUAACUCGCAGGUUUUCACAGAAAAUACGAUUUUUAAUGGAAUUAAUUGGUUAGGCCCACGUAAUGAUCUGCCCAAAUUUGUGUCAUUAAUACCCUCCUCCACCUAACCGACACUGAAUUAGAUUUAUUUGAGCCUACCAUUCUCACAAGCAAAUAUGUCUCCAUGAAAGUUUCGGCUUGAAACUACAUCAAGCAACUUUGGGGAAAAAAUCUAGGAAACCAGGAUUAAUUCCAGGAGGCCAGAAUGACUGUGAUGAAACGAGACGGCGACAUCUGCACGGUGUGAAUCCUUGAAACGGUUCUGUGUUGUAUCGCCAAAUUUUGGGUAAUCCUCCGAUCAAUCUGCUGGACAUCUAUGAAAAAGAGCCUAAAUUAAAGGUUCUGAUUAUUAAUUUGGCCAAUUUUCCCAAUAGGAACACAACAUGAUAUAAAAAAUAAUGAAUAGUUGAUCAUCUGUGCAAGUUUUAUCAUACCCUCCCACCCACCCACUCGAGUUACGGACAAACAGAGCUGACACUUUCACGCACUCAACCUAAGUUGUAAAGCGGUGAGAACCAUUCGGCUCUUAUUCGUGUGGCUCAUUGCGAGGCAUGGUUACGCCUCGAUGAUUGAGUGACGAGAAAUUGUUCCAAGUCCUUGUUCUGAGUGCAGCAGCGGAGCAUGCUGCACCAUCACGGAAGUAGAGCGAGAAUGAACCUGCUCUGGUUUUGAACUGUCAGGCCUUCCGUCCACUGGUUGACAUUUAUUCGUUUGAGGGGCUCGGAAAACGUUUUUGUAAAUAUUGUAUAUACCCAAGCUGAAAAGAGCCACUGAUAUAAAUAUGAUCAGGCGCAACGCCAGGAUAUAUGCCGAGAUGGCAGGAAGAGUAAAACUUGUGGGAUUUGAGAAUACACGCAAGUUAGAGAGACAACCAUUGACUGUCAAGAUGAGUUAAAGUGAGCGUGGGUGGGAUACAUAGCUCGAAGGGGGGAUGGUGAUGAUGCUGACAGUGGUGGCGGCCAAUAGUCGAGACGUAGGAUGGUUUGGCAGGCGGAGGAAGGAGGAAUGCCCGACUGAGCCGAGAAGAUGGAGUGAUGAAAUCUGCUCUCGUGACGGAGCCAGAUGCAUCGAUGCAUUUUGAUAUAAUAGGACACGGUGACUGUUUUGGAGGGAGUCAUCGAGCAGUGAACAGAUCGUGGCUGAUGAUCAUUUAAACGACCAUGAGCUGCGUAUCUGGCUGUCCGCUGUCACGUUUUGAGCUUGGUGGCUUUCACGAGUUUGAGACGGUGGGGGGGGUUAGGCUAUGUUUAAAAUGCUGCACGUGCGGCGAAACAUUAGACAUCCUGCCGAGGUACACGCGGUGAAAAAACCUUCGCAGUCAUAAAUGAUUAACGUUUUUUGCUAUCGGGAUAUUGACGCUUCGUGUUGCAGUUUGGCGAAGAGACGCAGCUGUCGGCGGCCCACACCAGAUUGUAGUGUUUUAUUACCACAGGAAAUAGGCAAAGUUAUUUCUGAGACUGGUGAUUUUGGCACCUUGUCACGUCGCGGCGAAAGAGACCCAUCCCUUCUCCCCCCCUUCCACCACAUGGGUGUGCGCUUGCGAUGUUUGUGAUCGUUUCAUCGAAUUGUUUGUUAAUAUUAAUUCUUGUGAAUCGCCACGGUGCAUGCAUCGAACCGUACGUGUGGGAGGAAUCGAUCAUUUUCCAUUUUUUACGCGUCCCACGCCGCUUUGCUGUAGCUCUUGCUGAAGUUCGUGUGAAAUGGCGGUUUUGUGUUUUCAUGCUCCUCCGUCGUGACCCUUCUCCCCCGUAAAGUCUGGCACCCCCAGCAGUAGGUCGUCAAGCAGGGCCUGACCUGCUGAUGAGACCGGAAAAGUCAAAACCGAUUCCUGAUUCGCUUGCAUAAACACAAACUUGACAUUGGUCAAUCCGGAAGGCCCGUCCGUGUAGGUUGUGGAUUGCCAAAAGAGGCAUCUGCAUUCAGUUACACGCUUAUCAGUUAUUUUUUAUGUUUUACAGAUUAUUACGACUACAUAGAUUCUAAAUCCUUCGCGUUGGCAAAACAAAAUUGGUUUGUCAACAAAUUCUUUAUGCUGGGUUGUGAUGGUUUUGGUGAGCGGUGAGAGUGGCGAAUCUCUCACACAUGGACCUCUGGGCAUCCGCAGCCUUGAGGUAGCUUAGUGGAGUCGAUUUACUGAAAACCAGCGAAGGAUGUAGAUUGUCAUUGCCGUUGGGUUAUGAAACAACUUCGGAAGAAUUUAUAAUUAUGAAAAAAAUUGUCGCGAAUCUUUCGAAAUAAAAAUCUUGUGUAUUAUG